AUGACUCAUGGUAAUAAGAAUUACAAAUAUUAGUAAUUGUCAGUGGACCAAGUGAUUUCAAUCUUGAAACAGUUGCUAUAAACAUCAAUGGAAUUUGGUUAAAUAGGGUAGUAUUCUAAAAAGAAAAAGAUAAAGAAAUAAGUGUCAAAUUUAUUUACAUAAAAUGUUGCUAAUAGAAUACAUUCAUGAUAGACAGUAUAUAUUUGGAUAAUAUUAGUCAAUUAAAAUUUAUGGGGUUUUGGAGAAUCUUUAUAUGGAUAAUUAGCAGAGAGAGUUUCAUCAUUAAAAACCCCAAAUAAUAUAUCAAAAUUAAUGAAAUAAUAGUUUAUAAAAAUAGAUGGAGGAAUUGAUUUUGUUAUAGCAUAUACAAUAACUAAAUAGUUAUAUAUUUGGGGAAAUAUUCCAGGAUUGAAAUUUAAUUAAUUAUUAAAAGCAGAGAAAGUUUCAAAUAUAAAAGAAUAAUAGGGAAAAUCUUAUGAAAUUAAAGGUUUAAAUAUAACAAAAUAUUUCAAUUAAUAAAUAAUUGAUGAAAAAAGUAAUCCUCCUUCAUUGCAUUCAACAAAUAGGAAUUCUAAAUUAAAUGCUAAGUAGAUUGUUGAAAUUUAAGAUUAUUCUACUUACAAUAGCGUACUUUAUGUGAUAACAAAAAAUCUAAUGUUACAUUCAUUUGGUAAAUAAUUAGAGACUUAAAUUAAAUUUAAUGGAAUAUCUUGUGGUCCAUUUCAUACAUUAGCAAUGGAUGAGAAUGGAAAUGUUUGGAGUUGGGGUGAAUUUUACGAUGGUAAAUUAGGUUAUAUGAGAUUUGAUAUAUCUGAAUAGAAAGAGCCUAAGUUAGUUAUGGAUUUUAAGGCCAAAGCAAUUUAGUGUGUUUGUGGUGCAAAUUAUAGUAUAGCACUUGAUGUUAAAGGAGAUGUAUAUACAUGGGGUAAGGGACCUUUCAAAAUUGAUUUAUCAAAGGCUACAAUGCCAAGUAUAAUAAUUAAGAAAAAAAGCCCAUUUAUUAAAGUGGCAGCAGGUCUUGAUCAUUUUGGAGCUUUAAAUAGUUCUGGAUAACUUUAUGUUUGGGGAAGUAAUAAAAAAGAUAGUAUAUUUAAUUUUCCAGAAGAAGUUUACAUACCUGUACCAUUAGAAAUCUAAUUGAAAAUUAUUGAUUUUGAUAUGGGUCCAUAUAUUACAGGAUUAAUUAUUCAAAGAGAUAAUAAAAUUAAUUUACCACUUCUUAAUUUUGAACAUUUUAAAAUUUAAUAAUAUAAAGUAAUAUCAGAAGAAGCUUAAUUAAUUCAAACUUAUGUGAUUAAAAAAAAUGCUAUAGAGUAUGAAAAGAAAAAAAGUGAAGCUACUUCUCCUAUUCAAUUAAAAUAAGAUUAAUAAAGAUAAGAUUAAUAAAGAUUAUAUAAAAAAAAAUAAGAUUAACAAAGAUAAGAAUCUUAAGAAUUUAAUAAAUUUAUUCGAAAUAAUAAAUCACUAAAAGGAAGCUAAUCAACUAUAUUUUAAAGUUAAACCUAAUUAAAUUAAAAAUUAACAAAUUAACUUAAAUUUCCUAUUCUUUUUGAUGGAGUUUAUUCAUAAGUAUAAAAAAUGGAAUAAGAAAGUUAAUUAUAUAUACCUCUUUAAUUUUCUAAGACUGAUAGAAUAUGUAAAGAUCCAUCAUAAGAACUUAUCGAAUUAGAUGGAGUCAUAUAAACAGAUAAUGAUUAAUUAAAAUAUGAAUAUAUAUAAUUGGCUAGAGAAAAAGAUGAAGAAGGACUUCUAUUAUCCAUUUUAAAUUAAUUUGAGGAAAAAAAGCAAGAUAUACAAUUAAAAAUGCCAGAAAGAGUUCAAAUAAAUUAAUUUAGAAACAAAUUUAAAAUUACGAAACCCGUUUUUCAUGAUAAAUAUGAUUAAUUUGAUAAAAGUAUCAUCUAAGCUACUAAAGUAUAAAUUUAACUUCUUCAUUUUGAAAGAGCGAAAAAAAUUUUAUUGAAAAAAAAAUAAAGAGAAUUAGAAUUUGAGAAAAUAAGCUAAAACAGUCUAUAAUCAAUAAAACCACUUUAAAAUAAAGAAUAAAUGUUAGAGUCAAUAAAAACAAAAGCAUAAGAUAAUUAAUAUAAAGCAAAACUAGUUACUCAAAAAAAAGAAGAAAUUGAAUUAGAAAGAGCUAAUCAUUUUACCUAAGUUAUCUAUGAAAAAUCUUAAGAAUACAAAAAGAAAUAAAGGUAGAUCCUAUGUGAACAAUUAUAAAAGUAAUUAUUAUUCAAGUAAAUAUUGACCUAUUUAAAUCUUUAAAAUAUAGCAUAAAUUUAUCUAGAAAUCAGUCACAAUAUUCUAGAACUAAGAAGAAGCGAAUUUUUAUAAAACAUCUCAGCAAAAAAAAUUUAGCAUUAUUUUAGAAAAAAAUACAUCCUUGCUAAAAUUAUGAAUUAACUUAAUGCAAUAGCCAGAAAGAUUUUAACAUCCUUUAUUGUGAGAUAUAAAAUUUAACUCAGAAUAAAAAGAAAAUAGUAAAGAAUAAGAAGGCUUCAUAUAUUUUAAUUAAGAAAUCAAAUUAAAAUUAAGGUAAUCAUAGGUCUUGCAAAUAUUAAAAAUGCUACAAUAAUUACAUAGCAUUUUUGUUCUUGGUUUAAUACAAGCAUUUCAAUUCAAUUAAGUAUUCUUAACUAUUAUUGGGAUGAACAUCUAUUAAAAUAGUUUAAAUGUGUCAAUCUUAAUUAAGAAAAAGAAGAAUUAAAAGCCUGUCAAUCAAAUUAUACUAAAUUUAUAUAGGAUGAGUCUUCAUAUUUAACAAAUUAAUUGUUAAAUUAAGAAUAAAUGUUAAAAUUAUUGUAUUUAUAUUUAUAAAAUUAGAAAAUUUCCUAAAACUAUUCUAUUUAAGGGUCGUAUGUUACGUGAUUAUAUUAAUAAAUAAAUAGCAAUAAAAUCGGAUUUUUAAAAAAAAUAAUAAAAAAUAUUGAAGCAAUCAAAUUAAGUGUUAUUACCAUAUACUAGAUUUAUUGAAAAAAUAACACUUCCAAGCUAAUAUAAAAUUAAAUUAAACUUCUCGUAAAUUUCUCAACUUAAUUUAAUGGAAGAAUUAACUUUGUUGGAAUGCAGAAUAAAAAAAGAUGUUUUAUUCUCAUAUCUGUUAAAAGAAAGAAGAAAAUAUAUUGUAUAAAUGUAAAAAGUAAUUUCAAAUUUACAAUUAGUUUUUUUCUGACUUAUUAGAAUAUAAAGAGAAAAAUAAGGCUUUAAUAGGUUCAGCAAGAAUUAAAACUUUUUCCAAAUUGACAUCUUAAGAUGUAUUAUUUUUAAAAGAAUUAGAUUAAUAAGAGAAAUAAAUAUAAUUAUAAAGAUAAUCUAAUGCAAAAUAAAAAAGUAAAUUUAAAUUUAAUAUAGAAUAAAUCUCAAAACAAGUUUUCACUUUUAAAAUAGGUUUGAUACAAUAAAUUAAUUAACUUAAUGAAGAUCAAUUUCCUUAUUUAGGAUUAACAUUUAAGAUUGUAGAACAAUUGAUGAUUUAAUCGAAACCUGUAUUUGAAGUUAAUUUAGAUGUUGAAUAAUGGAAUGAAUUAUUCUAAGAGUAUUUCAAUGAAUUUAGAGCAAGAUCAGAAAAAAUUAUUAGUUCAUCAAUUAGAAUAACUACUUUAAAAAUUAAAUAAGAAAGCCCACAAAAAAAGAGAUCAAAAAUGAAUUGA